AUGGCUAUGGAUCGAGAUACUGUUGUUCGAAAUUUGGUGGGUGAACUGUUGAGUGCUGUUUUGGAAACGAAGGAAAGGGCUGUUAAAUUCAGACCCACCCUGGAACAUUUGGAAGGUAUUCUCAAAGCAAUAGAACCAUCGGUUAACCAGAUAGAUUUGGAUCGGCCAGCGGAGGAAAUAGAGAAGCUGAUGAAGAGUUGGACAAAGCUUGUUCUAAAGGGCAGUAAAAUCAAGUGGUGGAAUUGUUGUUAUGUGGCCAAUUACCAAGAGGAGCUUGAAGCAUUGGAUGAGAAUAUUAAAAGGUUGUUUGCUUUAGAUAUGCUACGUCAGAUACAGAGGAAUAGCUUGGAGCCCUCGCGGGACCUAAAGGAGAUACAUCUAAAAAUUAGAGAUUUCGUUCCGAGAAAGACUGAGUUAAGGGGCUUGUGUUCGCCUCCUGAACCCCCUGCUUUUACCGUUGGCUUGGAAGUUCCUUUGAUGGAAUUGAAGCUCAAGUUUCUGCAGGAGCAGGUUAGCGUCUCCGUGGUCACGAUCACCGGAAUAGGAGGUUCGGGGAAGUCAACAUUAGCUAAAGUCUUAUGUUCCGAUCAGGAAGUCAAAAGUACGAAUUCCCACCAACUAUUAUUGCUGUUGGUACUGUUGGAAUUAAAUCAUAUGUGGGUGCUUUGGAACCAAAAGUUAACCGAUGAGUUGAGUUUAGCUCUUUUGAUCCCCGUCCCUGUCAACAACAGGACGGGUAAAUUCAAGCAAAACAUCUUCUUCAUCACAGUUGGGAAAACACCCAAUAUGCGUACCAUAGCGCAGAGACUGUUUGAACACAAUGGUUACGAUGUACCAGAGCUUCGAAGUCCCGAAGAUGCCUAUAACAAAUUGGAACAUUUACUAAAAGAAAUUGGGAGAAGCCCAGUGUUGGUGGUCUUCGAUGACGUUUGGCCAGGAUUUAUGUCUCUUCUUGACAAUUUUUUGUUCCCAAUCCCAAACUACACGAUUUUAGUGACAUCAAGAUUCGCAAUGUCGAGAUUUGGCCCUCCAUAUGUGUUGAAACCCCCUCAAUGA